GGGCCGCGGCGCCUACAUUAGCGGGGCCGCGUCGGAUUGAGGCAGCAGUGAGACCGGAGCAGCCUCGGGACCCACGCCCGGCCGGCGCAGCACUUGGAGAGCCCCUCUCCCGCCCCGCGCAGCGCCCCGCGCCGGGCCCCGCGCCGGGCACCCGGGCGUCGGAGGCGCGCCCGCCCGGCUCUCCGGCCGCCCUCCGCGGGCCUCCGUCUCCGUGGAGCCCCGGCGCGGCGGGGCCUUCCUCCCCUGCCUUCCCCGCGCGCCCUCCUGCUUUCAGGACUCGUGGGCUGGGUGGAGGCGGAGAGGCGUAGACAGGAGGAGAGGAGGCGGGGGCCCCGGCGGCCGGAGCCGAGAGAAAGUGGCAUGCCAGAGCCCUGCAGGCGGAGGUGGCGGAGGACGGGGAGAGACGAUGCCGCGGCUCGGUAGGGCGGAAAGGCGAGAGCGAGCGAGGCGUGGGGGGCGCCCGGGGACCGGCUGGCUGCGGGGAGGUGCGCGCAGCUCUGAGGCUCCGGCCUCCGCACCCCUGGCCCCGACGCUGCGGGCGACAGGGCCGGGCUCCGGCAGCCGCCACCGUCGCCGCCGCCGACACUCGGGGGAUCGAGCAAAAGUUUGGAUCUGGGGGAGGACGCGGCGCUGAGCGGGAUUACCACCAGAGCUGGAAGGGGACCUCGAGAACCUUCUCAGGUGAGGAAAGAGAGGCUCACAGAAGUGGUAUCACUUUCAUGGAGUGAUGGAGCUCGGUUCCCUUCCAGUGAUGUGCUUGGACUCACCCUCCUUACCCAGAUUGCAGAUGAGCUUAGCCACGGAGUUCACAGGCUGAUCACUGCUGACCUGAGCUACAACAGAAGGGAGUUCUGCCCGCCUCGUGGGCCCCUGUGGACCGCUGAUAUCUUGGCUUCACUCAUUGCCUGUGUGGAAAAUUCUCCCUUCAAAAAAUCUUUUGCACAUGGCGGACAAUAGCAGAGAGAACAACGCAGGCCGAUAAGAUCAGAGACCCCAGGGAGAGCCUUUUACUGUGGGCCUUCUGGACUUCAGCUCCUGUAGGAGCUCUAGACUUGAACGGGACCCCACCAGUCAUUUGGGUUUACUAUCUAUUUUUGCUUCUUUGUCUUUUCCCCACCACAUUGUAUUACGUUUCUGUAUUUCAGAAAUGGGCCUACAGACCGCACCGUGGCCCAGCCCUGGGGCUUUUUUCCUGAAAUCUUGGCUUCUCAUUUCCCUGGGGCUCUAUUCACAAGUGUCAAAACUCCUGGCGUGCCCCAGCGUGUGCCGCUGCGACAGGAACUUUGUCUACUGUAACGAGCGAAGCUUGACCUCAGUGCCUCUUGGGAUCCCGGAGGGCGUCACCGUACUCUACCUCCACAACAACCAAAUUAAUAAUGCUGGAUUUCCUGCGGAACUGCACAACGUACAGUCGGUGCACACCGUCUACCUUUAUGGGAACCAACUGGAUGAGUUCCCCAUGAACCUUCCCAAGAAUGUCAGAGUUCUCCAUUUGCAGGAAAACAACAUUCAGACCAUUUCACGGGCGGCUCUUGCCCAGCUCCUGAAGCUGGAAGAACUCCACCUGGAUGACAACUCGAUAUCCACAGUGGGGGUGGAGGACGGGGCCUUCCGGGAGGCUGUUAGCCUCAAAUUGUUGUUUCUAUCCAAGAAUCACCUGAGCAGCGUGCCAGUCGGGCUUCCUGUGGAUUUGCAGGAGCUGAGAGUGGAUGAAAAUCGAAUCGCUGUCAUAUCAGACAUGGCCUUUCAGAACCUCACAAGCUUGGAGCGCCUGAUUGUGGAUGGGAACCUCCUGACCAACAAGGGCAUCGCCGAGGGCACCUUCAGCCAUCUCACCAAGCUCAAGGAGUUUUCAAUCAUCCGGAAUUCGCUCUCUCACCCGCCUCCUGAUCUCCCAGGUACGCAUCUUAUCAGGCUCUAUCUGCAGGACAACCAGAUAAACCACAUCCCUUUGACAGCCUUCUCAAAUCUCCGAAAGCUGGAGCGGCUAGAUAUAUCCAACAACCAGCUGCGCAUGCUGACUCAAGGAGUCUUUGAUAAUCUCUCCAACCUGAAGCAGCUCACUGCUCGGAACAACCCUUGGUUCUGUGACUGCAGUAUUAAGUGGGUCACGGAAUGGCUCAAAUAUAUCCCUUCAUCUCUCAAUGUGCGCGGUUUCAUGUGCCAAGGUCCCGAGCAGGUCCGGGGGAUGGCUGUCAGGGAGCUGAAUAUGAACCUUUUGUCGUGUCCCACCACGACCCCCGGGCUGCCCCUCUUCACCCCUGUGCCGAGCACGGCUUCGCCAACCUCUCAGCCGCCCACACUGUCCGUCCCCACCCCCAGCAGAAGCCCUCCGCCCCUGACGCCUAUCACGUCGAAGCUUCCCACCAUCCCCAGCUGGGACGGCAGGGAAAGAGUGAGCCCACCCAUUUCAGAACGGAUCCAACUCUCCAUCCAUUUUGUGAAUGACACUUCCAUACAAGUCGGCUGGCUCUCACUCUUCACGGUGAUGGCGUACAAACUCACGUGGGUGAAGAUGGGCCACAGUUUAGUCGGGGGCAUCGUUCAGGAGCGCAUAGUCAGCGGUGAGAAGCAGCACUUAAGCCUGGUUAAUUUAGAGCCCAGAUCCACCUAUCGGAUUUGUUUGGUGCCCCUGGAUGCCUUUAACUACCGAACGGUAGAAGAUACCAUUUGUUCUGAGGCCACCACCCACGCCUCCUAUUUAAACAAUGGCAGUAACACUGCUUCCAGCCACGAGCAGACGACCUCCCACAGCGUGGGCUCCCCUUUUCUGCUGGCGGGCCUGAUCGGGGGUGCGGUGAUAUUCGUGCUCGUGGUCUUGCUCAGCGUCUUUUGCUGGCACAUGCACAAAAAGGGCCGCUACACCUCCCAGAAGUGGAAAUACAACCGAGGCCGGCGGAAAGAUGACUAUUGUGAGGCAGGAACCAAGAAGGACAAUUCCAUCCUGGAGAUGACAGAAACCAGCUUUCAGAUUGUCUCCUUAAAUAACGAUCAGCUCCUUAAAGGAGAUUUCAGACUGCAGCCCAUUUACACCCCGAAUGGGGGCAUUAAUUACACAGACUGCCAUAUCCCCAACAACAUACGGUUCUGCAACAGCAGUGUGCCGGACCUGGAGCACUGCCACACGUGACAGACAGGCGUCCAGCGUGGAACCCUUGAGGACACACCCGGGUGUGCACACAGAGACACACGAAUUACAUUUGAUAAAUGUUACACAGAUGCAUUUGCGCAUUUGAAUAGUCUGUAAUUUAUACGGUGUACUAUAUAAUGGGAUUUAAGAAAAAAAAGUGCUAUCUUUUCUAUUUCAAGUUAAUUACAAAGUUUUGUAACUCUUUGCUUUUUAAAUCUUAAAAAAAAAAAAAAACAGUUGCAGAAGUACUGUACAGGGUUGUACCAUGCGAACCGAACCCCAAGAAACAGAACGAGUGGUUCUUCCUCGUGAUGCACAUUAACCACUCUGCUGUUGAAGCUGUCAGAAUAAAUUCCUUUCCUCGAGCUGAUGGUCAGAUCAAAGAACAGAUU